GCCCGCAGAACGUUCGAUCUAGAACCACCUUAGAAACCCAUCGUAAUAUGAAAACGAUGCACCUCCAAUGAGAUUCCAAAUGCAGAUGUUGCCUCCCCUGUUCUAUGCAACCAUAUACAGUUUUCUCCAUAACUACCUACUUCUAAAUAUUGUGAGUCGCAGAAGCUUAAACACUGCAUCAAUUUGGAGUUCAAAUCCUUAGAUAUGUCUGUUCCUUCUGUAAUUCUGUAACUUCAUUUACCUCUCUGUAGCACUUGGUCUGAACUGAACAAAUUGCUUUUAGAGGUUUUCCCUGUAAAGAAAAGGUACCUGCAAAACAGGGUAGUAUAGUAACCCCAUAUCCUGAGGCUAUGGAUCCAGAGGCUGUGAAGGAACCAGUGCACAAGACUACUUCAAUACCAAGUCCAUGUUUUGAUCUCCCAGUAGAUUCAGAACACAAGGCUAAGAAAUUCAAGCGUUUUUCAAUAGCCCAACCCCAUAUGAGAGCCUUCCACUUAUCCUGGAUCUCCUACUUCACUUGCUUUCUUUCCACAUUCACUGCUCCUCCUUUGAUACCUGUCAUCAGAGACAAUCUCAAUCUCACCAAGAGGGACAUAGGCAAUGCAGGCAUAGCAUCAGUCUCGGGCUCCAUAUUCUCAAGGCUUGCGAUGGGAGCUUUAUGUGACAUAGUAGGCCCUCGUUAUGGGUGUGCAUUUCUCCUCAUGCUCUCUGCCCCUGCUGUUUUUGCUGCUGCUACAAUCUCUUCUGCACAGGGCUUUAUCCUCAUCAGAUUCUUCAUAGGAUUUUCACUAGGAACUUUUGUGUCAUGCCAAUUCUGGAUGAGCUCAAUGUUCAAUACUAAGAUUGUGGGUAGUGCAAACGCAAAUGCAGCAGGGUGGGGAAAUAUGGGAGGAGGAGCAACACAGCUAGUGAUGCCUCUGGUUUAUGAUUUGAUUCGCAAAUCCAUAGGUUCCACCAGCUUCACUGCAUGGCGUAUUGCUUUCUUUGUACCUGGACUGACUCUAGUUCUUGUGGGACUCAUUGUGCUCAUCUUUGGACAGGAUCUGCCAGAUGGUAACUAUGCAGCUCUUCAUAAACAGGGGGAUAAGGCAAAAGACAAUUUGUCAAAGGUUGUCUGGCAUGCCAUAAAGAACUACAGGGUUUGGAUCCUGGCUCUUACCUAUGGAUACUGUUUUGGAGUAGAACUUACCAUAGACAAUGUGAUUGCACAGUAUUUCUUCGAUAGAUUUGAUCUAAAUCUUCACACUGCAGGCAUAAUUGCAUCUACAUUCGGGCUUGCCAACUUAGUAACCCGCCCAUUUGGGGGAAUACUGUCUGAUCUUGUAGCACGUAGGUAUGGCAUGAGAGGAAGAAUAUGGGCUCUCUGGAUUAUUCAGACUAUGGGUGGAGUGUUCUGUGUUUUGUUAGGAAAGGCAAAUUCACUGAGCCUCUCUAUUACAUUCAUGCUGAUCUUCUCCAUGUUUGUUCAAGCAUCUUGCGGUCUGACCUUUGGAAUAGUUCCUUUUGUAUCUAGAAGGUCAUUGGGCAUAGUGUCUGGAAUGGCAGGAGCAGGGGGAAAUGUGGGAUCCAUGGUAACACAGCUUCUGUUCUUCCUCAACUCCAACUAUUCCAAUGAGACUGGAAUCAGCUUGAUGGGUGUCAUGAUCAUUGCCUGCACAAUGCCUCUGUUGGGAUUGCAUUUUCCACAGUGGGGAGGAAUGCUUUUUUCACCUUCAAAGUCUGAGAAUGCUAGUGAGGAGAAGUAUUAUGGAUCAGAAUGGUCUGAAACUGAAAAGCAAACAGGAAUGGACAAAAUGAGCAUGAAAUUUGCAGACAAUAGUCGAAGUGAAAGAGGAAAAAGAUCGAGUCUGGCUUGUACCUCAACUCCAACAGAAAGAACGCCUCAGCAUGGGUGAAGAUCAUCCUAAUAUGGACAUAUCCAAAAGUAGAAACACCAUAUCUUUGCUUUGGAAUGAUUAGGGUGGCAGACAGCAUAUUAAGGGAUCGUUCUGCAUAAUAAAGCGUGUAUAUUGAAUGAUAGGAGGAGUUGGGCCUACCAUUACACAUUUCAAUGUGUGGGUUAUGGGUUACAGGUUGUGAGAGAAAAUAUAGUAGCAAAAGUAAUUGCGUCAUAAAGAUUCAGGAGUCUUGAGUAAAAUGUUUUGUAUCAUUGUGAUUUUGUGAACAACUGUUCUGUCCUCCACAAACUUCUAUUUUCCUUGUAAUGCAUUAUAGUUGAGUCAAUAAUCAUUGGAACGUUCUGAAA